UGACAAGUUGCGAGGCGAUUUGCAGCUUCCCAAAUGGGUGGGUUGUUGAUAAAUCGGAAGAUAUCCAAACAAUUUGCAUCUGGUCCCGUGUGGAGAUAUAUAUAAAGGGCUCUUCGUCCCCAGAAGUCAGUGUCCAUGAGGAUUAUGUUCCAGAUGUUGUCGAGCUGCGGGACAGCGGGGAUGGACACGCCACUGAAUCAGGACAGGCUCCGCAGAAGAGUUCGUGCGAAUUAUCUCAAGCCAUCGCUGCUCGGCUGCAUCUUGGUUAUGAUAGUAACCUCAGUGCAAGUUGCGGCAGCCAGCUAUGUCUCUUACUAUGUCCUCAAAGGACAGCUGCAGCGCGGGGCAGAUGGACAGACGGCGAAAGUGUUGGCGACUCGGCCAACACAGGACGUUAACAAAUGUAUAACUCGCUGGACUAGUGCACUUCUGAAAGACCAAGAGACACGUGGAGAGGAGGCAGUUCUUGCGUGGGAGACUAAAGUUGGCCUAGCCUUUACUGGAGAUUGCACAGCCUACAACGAAAAAUCACUGGAAAUUAAAAAACCUGGCAUCUACUUUAUCUACUUUCAGGUGAUGUUUCAUGAAAGUGGCAGCAACGUGACAUUUGUCAUGGAUUUUAACGGCGUGAAAAUUGUGCAGAAUUCCCAGCAGGUGCUGGAGAAAGGGAAAGCAGUUUUUUUCGGAAGCGCUUACAAACUGAACGAAGGAACGAAGAUUUUUGUCAAGUCAAACCCUAAGCACAUUUUACUACGGGAUUCAGAAACAUUUAUCGGACUUUUUGAACUCUAAAAUGGCUUUCGACUUUUUGAGACUGCCUCCCAUUGCAGAGCGACGUGACACUGUGAAGAGGAAUGUGGGCUGCCAAACUAAUCUCCAGUUCUGUGACUGCACAUUUUGAUGGUGGUUUAGUCGGGAUUGUCCUGACCCGAAACGUCUCCCCUUCUUUCUCUCCAGUGAUGCUGCCUGUCUCGCUGAGUUACUCCAGCGUUUUGUAUCUGUCUUUAGUUUAACACCUCAUCCACUUCUCUUGCUACGGUAUACUACCUGGAAGAUUUAAAAAUUGGCUUGACGACUUAAUUACCCAUUUCAAAACUCAACGUAAAGAAAGAUUGUUGAUCACUUUUAGGGCAACUUUGAAUUCAAGUAUUUUAAAUGAGAGUAUAGUCGGGAUAUUUGCAAACUAUGGAGAGGAAACUGAUCGGAACACUGCACAUGAGCCAUUAAGAUAUAAAGAUCAGUUGAUCUUUAGGGUUUUGGAGAAGUUUUAGCAGGGAGUCACUGAAAUACUGGAAUUGUUCAUUUGAUUAUUAAGACUUUACCACAGUAGGCUGUGGAGGCCAAGUCAGUGGUCAUUUUAAGGCAGAGAUAGAUAGAUUCUUGAUCAGUACGGGUGUCAGAGGUUAUGGGGAGAAGGCAGGAGAAUGGGGUUAGGAGGAAGAGAUAGAUCAACCAUGAUUGAAUGGUGGAGUAGACUUGAUGGGUCAUAUGGCCUAACUCUACUCCUAUCGCUUAUGAUUAUGUUAGCAUUAAUAGUGAAAGCUACAGAGAAACUGCAUUAUGGUGGCAUGGGAGCUACAGAAACGUAAAAGGUUAAUGCUUAAAUAUAAAGGCCCACAAUAGUGCAUGUAUGUAUAGGUUGUCUUUUAAUUAUCAGUUAGACCUGUGUAUGGGCAGACAUCAGCACAGUGGCAAUAGGCAGCACAGCGAUAGAGUUGCUGCCUCACAGCACCAGUCCCGGGUUCGAUCCUGACUACGGUUGCAGUCUGU